UCGCAGAUGGGUCAGGGACUCUGGAGAGUUGCUAGGAACCAGCAACUGCAACACCAAGGGUACGGCGGACAAGGCUAUCUUACCAGAGAACAUGGUAGGAGGAUAGCUACUAACAAUGUUCCCAAUACAAGCCAUCGCAAACAAGCCCAAGGAGGCAUUGACAUCUACCACCUGUUGAAGACAAGGAAAUCUAAAGAACAAGAAGGAUUCAUUAACCUGGAAAUGCUGCCACCAGAGCUUAGUUUUACCAUUUUGUCAUACCUGAAUGCAACUGACCUCUGUCUAGCUUCAUGUGUCUGGCAGGAUCUUGCUAAUGAUGAGCUUCUCUGGCAAGGGUUGUGCAAAUCCACUUGGGGUCACUGUUCUAUAUACAAUAAGAAUCCGCCUCUAGGAUUUUCUUUUAGAAAAUUGUAUAUGCAGCUAGAUGAGGGCAGUCUCACCUUUAAUGCCAACCCUGAGGAGGGAGUCAACUACUUUAUGUCCAAGGGCAUACUAGAUGAUUCGCCAAAAGAAAUAGCUAAGUUUAUCUUUUGCACAAGAACACUAAACUGGAAGAAGCUGAGAAUCUACCUUGAUGAAAGGCGAGAUGUUUUGGAUGACCUUGUGACGCUGCACAACUUCAGAAAUCAGUUCUUGCCAAAUGCACUGAGAGAGUUCUUCAGACACAUUCACGCUCCCGAGGAGCGUGGGGAGUACCUCGAGACUCUCAUAACAAAGUUCUCUCACAGAUUCUGUGCUUGUAACCCAGAUUUGAUGAGAGAGCUUGGCCUUAGCCCUGAUGCAGUUUAUGUACUAUGUUACUCUUUGAUUCUACUUUCCAUUGAUCUAACAAGCCCUCACGUGAAGAACAAAAUGUCAAAGAGGGAAUUCAUCCGAAAUACACGACGAGCUGCACAGAAUAUUAGUGAAGAUUUUGUAGGGCACCUUUAUGACAACAUCUACCUUAUUGGCCACGUGGCUGCCUAAAAGCACAAUUUGCUAGCACUUAAAAUUUGUAAUUUUCAAAACCUACAUCAAUUCAAGAAAUUAAUUAUUUUGUAGAGAUGGGGGUUAUUUUAGUGCUGGUCAUUCUAACCUCUGUAUGCAAUCAGAGUUUGUGUGCGUGUAAGUGUGUGUAUGUGUAAACUACCUUUUCUAUCUAUUUACCAUGGGAACGGAAGAAUUGGGAGAUUUGGUUUUCAUCAUUUUUUUAGUUUUGCACAAAACAAUGCCAUUAGUCUGACACAGCCGUUUACGAAUGUUAAACUGACAUUACAGUCUAAGCUGACAAAGUGGUGAACUUGUGCAUUAGGUCUGCUUGAAACUUUAGUAAGUUCGUUCUUUUUAGAUUACCAUGUAAUGUGUAUAUAUUUAACUAAAGAGAUUUCUAAUCAUAAUUAUUUUAUUGGAAAAUAUUUUAACUAAAAUUUCUCCUUUUAGCUCUUAAAAUA